CAAGUUGGAGCGUGAGCGUAUGUGAGCGCGCGUCAUGUGUGAGCGAGGAUACUUGUUGGAAAAGGAAAGAAAAUAUUUUGUUUUCUCCAUGAUUCUUCGUCCUCUGUUUCUCUCUUCUUCUUCUUCUUCAUCUUCCGCCCACUGACAUCAGUGGAAUGUUUCAAUCUCUCUCGAUAUUGAGGUUAAUCUGAUUAUGAAGAUUACCUCUGAGAGACGCCCUCAUCAAUGACGACUAAGAUGGAGACUCCUUUCUACCAUGACGACUCGCCCGCCGUCUCCGGUUUCAGCCACUUUGGAGAAUACGAGCUUUAUGCCGGAAACAAGAUGCUGAUGAGCAAGAAGGCCAUGUCUUCAGCGGGUAGCCAUCAUUUCCCCGGUGGAGGCAUGAGUGUGGCCGGAGGAAGGGCAACCAACCCCAACAACAUUGGACUUGACAACAGCUCCCUCAUGACGUCAUCAUCGGCCGACAUGAGCCAAUUGAAGCUGGCCUCACCCGAACUGGAGCAUUUGAUUAUUCAGUCCAACCAAGGCCUGGUCACCACCAGCCCGGUGUCCACCUCCACCCAUCCUUUCAUCUACCGCGGCCAGGCCACUAAUGAGCAAGAAGGCUUUGCUGACGGUUUCGUCCAAGCCCUCGCAGACCUUCAUAAGCAGAACCAGCUGGUUGGUUGUCCCAUGUCCCCGUCUUCCUCAUCCAACGUCUCCUUGCAGGUGUCCUACCAGAGGAACUUAAUGACCAGCGGUGACAUCCCCAUCUACACCAACCUCAGCAGCUACAGCCACGGACCGAUGGCGUUCUCCAGCGGGCAGAUGGCAUACAGGGGUGUUCCGGACCAUAACAACACUCAAUCACACACUCGAGUUCCGGAUGCUCCUCAGACGGUCCCUGAGGUUCCCCAUCCGUCCGGAGACCCGACGUCCCCGCCUUGCCUCUCGCCCAUCGACCUAGAGACGCAAGAGAGGAUUAAAGCAGAGCGCAAAAAGCUCCGCAAUCGCAUCGCGGCGUCUAAAUGCCGUAAGCGCAAACUGGAGAGGAUCUCACGGCUGGAGGAGAAGGUGAAGAUCCUGAAGAGUCAGAACUCAGAUUUGGCCUCCACUGCCUCUGUGCUGCGGGAGCAGGUCGCUCAGCUGAAACAGAAGGUCAUGAGUCAUGUCACCAACGGUUGCCAGAUUGCUGUCAGCUCUGCCACGAAAUCUGGAGGAGGGGGCAGCGCUGGAAGCAAGGACUGCUGAGGAGACCAGAAUAUCAGAUCACAUUUUUUACAACGUUGGCCGAUUUGCAAUUAACUAAGGCUUGUUUUUCUAAGAGGGGCGGAGCUUAACAGGAGACUUCCUGGACAUGAACAAAGUUAACGGAUUCUGACACAAGUUCGAAACACUUUAAGGAGCUCAGCUAUUAUCUAUUUGAACUAAUUUUGCAUCUUCAAUAGGGCUGGGAAUUUUGGUAUCAUUCUGUUACAUAAAUACAGGACUAGUAAUGCCGUUACUGAUACUUUUGACUUGAAAUGUCAUAAUCAUUGAAUAACAUGUGGAUUUGCUUCUAGUUAGUUGAUUAUGAGAACACAGGAAAACGAUUUUAUCCAAAGAAAAAUGUUUUUGAUCAUUGAUUAUUUAUUUUUUUUAAGAUUUAUUUCGGAUUAUCAAUUUUUACAGCAGUAUACCGUAUUUUUCGGACUAUAAGUCGAGGUUUUUUUUAUAGUUUGGCCGUGGGUGCGACAUAUACUCCGGAGCGACUUAUGUGUGAAAUUAUUAACAUAUUACCGUAAAAUAUCAAAUAAUAUUAUUUAUCUAAUUCGCGUGAGCGACGAAGAAAAUGUCAGCAAUCGUCACUCACACGCCAACCAAUAAGAAUUCGGCGGGGGCGGGUCAUGGCAGAAGUGCAUUGUGGGUUUUGGAAUGCUAACUGCUAUAUGCUAUACGCUACUGCCGGAGCUAUUAAAAUAGAUCACAGCAACAUUGGCGGUAACUUAUAAAAACUGAGAAGGGCUGAACUAAAAUGGCACCGAAAAGGAAAUCAUAUACUGCAGAUUACAAGCUGGACAUAGUGAAAUUUGCACCAGAAAACGGCGAUCGAGCAGCAGAAAGAAUGGACGCUAGCGGCGCAUACCAGAGGCGACACCGAGGAGGAAGAUUUCAUCGGAUUUAGCGAUCGGGAGUGACAGAUUGUUUGGUAAACGUUUAGCAUGUUCUGUAUGUUAUAGUUAUUUGAAUGACUCUUACCAUAAUAUGUUACGUUAACAUACCAGGCACGUUCUCAGUUGGUUAUUUAUGCGUCAUAUAAUGUACACUUAUUCAGCCUGUUUUUCACUAUUCUUUAUUUAUUUUAAAUUGCCUUUCAAAUGUCUAUUCUUGGUGUUGGAUUUUAUCAAAUAAAUUUCCCCCAAAAAUGCGACUUAUACUCCAGUGCGACUUAUAUAUGUUUUUUUUUCUUCUUUAUUGUGCAUUUUCGGUCCGUGCGACAUAUACUCCGGAGCGAUUUAUAAUCCGAAAAAUACGGUACAUUGAAAUGUCCACAAAACAC